GAUGCCAUGUUGGCUCGCACUGGCUGCGCUGUUCGCAUUUUCGACCCGGCGACCCCGCAGUCAGACCAUCCUUUAGCUCCUGCAGUGAUGCCGGUGGCUUUGGGCCGUUCCGACGGUGUGGAGAUGCUUCGAUGGUGGGCGCAGUCAUCGCCGACCCUCACACCUACCCGCACGCUGAUGUCGCUGAUGCGUGAAAUGGGCGACAAGAAGAUUGACAUACUCAAGGUUGACAUUGAAGGUGGUGAAUACGCACUUGCGGGGCAGGUUUGGCCGCCUGUGGGCCAGCUUGUGAUGGAG